AUUUGACCCUACUUCCUUAUUGCAUAAAGCUGUCCAUUUUAUAUAAGGGUCGACGUCCUCGUGACCUCAUCCACGAGCAAUGUAACCGAGUAAAAAGUAAAAGUAAGUGAAAGGCACACAGAGAUUGAGGAGGAGCUAGUAUACAGAGAAAUAAAACAAGAAGUAAAUAAAAUAAAAGAAAAAUGAAGCCUAAAAGAUGCCAAAAGUAAAAGAUGCCAAUGCCAAAAGUAAAAGAUGCCAAUAGAGGGGACGGUAAAAUGCCCUAUUAGGGUAAGGUCCCCUUAAUUAAACAAUUAAAAAAAAGAAAAAAGAAGAAAAUAAAGGUCUCCUAAGUCCACUCCACACAUGAAGGAGGCAACGGGGAAGGCCAUAAAGCUUUUCUCCGCCCUCCUCCGUGCGAAGAAAGGAAGGUGGGUGGAUGAUACGUAGGAAUAAGCUUGGGUAGCCUUGUUGAAAACGGAUCGGGAAAAGAAAGCAGGGAAUGGGGAAGGCUGACUUGCUGGAAGCUUGGGUACCCUAGUUGAAAGCAAGUCAGGUUAUAGAGAUAAGAGUUAAAUUAGAGGAAGGAAGGAAGGGGGUGGGUGAUCCGUAGGAAGCUUGGGCAGCCUUGUUGAAAGCGGAUCGGGAAAAGAAAUCAGGAAAGGAGGAGGAUGGCCCUCGGGAAGCUCCGGCAGCCCUGUUGAACGAGGGUCGGGAGGAAGUACACACCAAGAAACAGAGGCAGAAUACAUUAUAUGGUUCGCAAGACAUCAGCACGUAAUAGCGAACAGCGAGGUAAAGAAGGAAGAGCAGACGGGACAUGGAAGCAGUAUCGCCCCGAACGACCUCAUUGCUAUGGCCGUUCCAACUGGUCAAACAUCAUCAAGCAGUGACGAAGAAAAAGGAGAACACAAAGAAAGGGCUGUGGACAGCCGAACCGAGGAUUCAACAGCAGACUCGGAAACGGAGAUUAAAAAGGCAAUCUCCAGAGUGGAGCAAACCUGACAGGGAAUGAAGAUGAAGAAAAGAAACAACAAGAGGAACCUGGAAAAGGAACAAGAGGAAGCCAGAGAAACCGAAAAGCGGAAGCUAGAAAAAUACAAACAGAUGAAGGAUGCUCCAAAAGCUAAAACCAUCGAAGAAGAAGCGCUGGAAUCAGAGAGGAGAAAACUAGAAAAAUUCGAGGAGUACAAGAAGAACCAGAGUGAGAACAUACGAGAGGAAGAAGAAAUGGCAGAAGAAAUUAGAAACAUGGAAAAGCGGAUAGAAGAAAUAAAAAUCAGAAAACAACAACUAGCCAAAUAGAAGGAAGAAGAAAAGAAAAAAGCGGAAGAACUAAGGAGGAAGGAAGAAGAGAAGAAGAAAGAAGAGCUAGCCAAACUAGAG